AUGACGACUGCCUACCAGUACGCCAUCGGCGUCGCCCUCUUUGCCUCCAUUGGCACAUUUUUGUUUGGCUUCGACACGGGCAUUGCCACCACCACCAUCUCCCAUGACAGCUGGAAAGACUACAUGGGUCAUCCGGGCGCUGGCCUGACCGGCGCUGUCGUCGCCGUUUUCAUUGCCGGCGAGGCUCUCGGCUCCAUCACGCAGUUUGUCCUCGGCGACCGUCUCGGCCGUCUCGGCUUUCUGCAGUUUCUGAGCGUCGUCGUCACCAUUGGCGCCGCCGUCCAGACCGGCGCCGUCAACAUGGGCAUGUUCCUCGCCGGCCGCGCCAUCGCUGGGGUCGGCAUCGGCGGCCUCGUGGCCAGCGUCCCCUUGUACCUGGUCGAGAUCUCGGCGCCGUCGUACCGCGGCUUCAUUGGCAGCAUUUCCGGCUGUGGCAUGACAGCCGGCAUCAUGGUCGCCAACUGGGUCGGCUACGCCUGCGCGCAUGCGCCCUACGGCAGCCUGCAGUGGCGGCUGCCCCUAGGCCUGCAGAUCCCCUGGGGCGUGCUGCUGUUUCUCGGCCUCGUCACCUUCAUGCCCGACUCGCCGCGCAUGCUGAUCCGCAAGGGCCGCGUGGACGCCGCGCGCCGCGCGUUUGCCAAGAUCCGCAGGGACCUGGUCUCGGACAGCGCGGUGGCCGACGAGUUCCGGCGGAUGCAGGGCCAGAUCGAGUAUGAGAUGGCGCGCGAGAUCACGUCGUACCGGCAGGUCUUUGCGCUGUACCGCCGCCGCGCGCUCGUGGCCAUAUCCAUCCAGGUCAUGACCAGCCUGACGGGCGUCAACGUCAUCCAGUACUACCAAACCACGCUCUACACCGGCCUGGGCAUGGGCCCCAUGACCAUCCUGGCCCUCGCGGGCGUCUACGGCACCGUCUCGUUCCUCUGCAACUGCGCCACCACCUUCUGGCUCAUCGACCAGUGGGGCCGCCGCAAGAUGCUGCUGACGGGCAUGGCCGGCAUUGUCCUCGUCGAGAUCUACACGGCCGAGAUGCAGCGCGGCUUCGCCACCGGCACCAACCACGUCGGCCAGGGCUUUGCCAUCCUGGGCAUUUUUCUGUUUGCCGUCGUCUACUACAGCUUCCUGGGCAGCACCGUCUGGAUCUACCCGCCCGAGAUCCUGCCCCUCGAGAUGCGCAACAAGGUCGUCGCCCUCGCCACGGCGUCCCACUUUGUCGUCAACAUUGGCAUCACCGAGGCCGGCCCGACGGCCUUUAAAAACAUCGCCGAGAACUACUACUACGUGUUUGUCGGCUGCACCAUUGUCAUGACCAUCGUCGGCUACUUCUUCUAUCCCGAGACCCGCAAGAAGUCGCUCGAGGAGAUUGCCGGUGCCUUUGGCGACCCGGUCGUGACAGAGGUCGAGGACAAGACAGCUGGCCAGGUCGAGGCGGUCGAGGAGGUAUAG